AUGUCUCAUGCAACAACAGGUACAGCAGUUGUGAUAGUCAUGCUCGUGACCACCUUUCUCAUGACAUUAAUCAUGUUACUCGUUUGGCAUUGUCAUUGGAUUCUUGUCCUGAUUUUCACUGGCUUAUCACUGGCGGUGGAGUGUACAUACUUUUCGGCAGUGCUUUUCAAGGUCGAUCAAGGUGGUUGGGUUCCCCUUGUGAUUGCUGCAGCCUUUCUUGUCAUCAUGUAUGUCUGGCACUAUGGUACAGUCAAGAGAUACGAAUUUGAGAUGCAUAGUAAGGUCUCCAUGGCUUGGAUUCUAGGGCUAGGUCCCAGCUUAGGGCUGGUCCGAGUACCAGGGAUAGGACUCGUGUACACUGAGCUAGCAAGUGGGGUACCGCAUAUUUUUUCACACUUCAUCACGAACCUACCGGCUAUACAUUCAGUCGUAGUCUUUGUGUGUGUGAAGUACCUUCCAGUUUACACGGUUUCCGAAGAAGAGAGGUUUCUUGUGAAACGAAUGGGCCCAAAGAACUUUCACAUGUUCCGUUGUGUUGCAAGGUGCGGCAACAACUUCACCAACUUUCCUUCUCCAUUUUCGGGUACAAAUUCUUCAAUAGCACUAGGGUUAACGUCUAUGGCUGGGUACAUUACCAACCACAGCGAGAGAGAGAGAGAGUUGGCUUUUCUGUUAAACUGUAAGUUCAUCAUAUUGAUAAGGUUCUACUCUGUGGAGAAAUAG